AUGAUGGAAGUAGUUUAUACAUUUUGUACUAGUAUUUUAGACCACAUAUUUGGGUACUUAGAAUAUAUUUUGCUUAAUGGCAGCGGAAAUAGUGUUCCACUGCAGAGCGCCACUACUACUACUACAGUUCUUUCAAUGGCUGAAAUUAUAGAAUCUCCAGAAAUAAUUCAAAUUGACAAGAAUGAAACAUGCCGAAAAAUGCAAAAUAAUGUUCGUGGUCCUGGAAUCAAUAACAGAUUUAAAAACAAAGAAACUUUGCAGAAAAAAAUCAAUUUCGAAUUUGGAAACACAGAACCUGAGUGUUAUUAUAAUAAUAUCAAAACACUAAAAACAGCCAUGAAUAGUAGUGGUUUAUACUACGGACUAUUCUAUGAAAAUAUGAAAUGCAACGAAACGAAAAUCAUAGAAGACGAAGUGAAGAAGUUUCUAUUUUUUGAAUCCAUGCGCCGAGAUAUAAUGGGUACUGGGAAGAACUCGUCGGUCUCUACCAAAACUCAAAAGAGCAUUGAUUAA